GGCGGCGGGGCGGCGGGGGUCCCGCGGCAGAGCGCCAGCGAGCGGGAGAAGCUGCGGAUGCGGCGGCUGGCGCAGGCCCUGCUGCGGCUGCGGCACUACCUGCCGCCCGCCCUGGCCCCCGCCGGGCAGACCCUCACCAAGAUCGAGACCCUGCGCCUCGCCACCCGCUACAUCGCCCACCUCUCCGCCCUGCUGGGGCUCGGCCGGGGGGCGCCGGCCCCCCGACACUGUCCCCUGUGUCCCCGGGGCCUGGGGUGCUGCCAGGACACCGACCCCCGCGAUGCUUCGCCACCCGGCGCCGCGGCCCUGCUGGGGACACUGCCCCAGAGGUGCUUGGGGCUCCGGAGCUGGGCUUAG